AUGUCCCCACUGCUGUACGAGCUGCAUCUGUUGCCAGCUGGCUUCCAGGUUCUUGCCAUCCAUAACUUCCAUUAUACCCUGGGCAAGAGUGUAAAUAAGGACUAUCUCAAGAGAAACCAUCAGGAUGGGGACCCAUUCAACAGUCUGCAUUUUUUGCCUCAUGUGAAACGGAGCUGGCACAAUACCACCCUUGAAUUUGAAGAAGAAUACAAUGGCAAAUUCCCAAAACUGAUUGGAGGGGUUUUCCAUGAUGCAUCCCAUGAUGCAUCUGUAAAAUAUUCAAUUCAAGGACCUGGUGUGGAUGAACCUCCGGAGGUUGGAUUGUUUUCUAUCGAAGAUACCUGUGGAUACGUAUAUGUGCAUCGCUCUAUAGAUCGAGAGAAGACGUCCUCUUUUACAAUCCGCGUGAAUGUUCAUUAUAGAAUGACUGAGGAAAUACUAGACAAUUCCAUGAUCUUAACCAUUCGGAUUAAGGAUAUAAAUGACAAUGCCCCUGAAUUUCUCCAAAAGGAAUUUAACAUUAAUAUAAAAGAAAAUCACAACAAAAAUGAACCCGUUCACAGAAUCACAGCAAGUGACAAGGACCAAGAAGGCACUGCAAAUUCUGAAGUGGUAUAUUCUCUGCUUUCACAGACGCCUCAUCUAAAGCCUCCUCUCUUCACUAUUGAUUCCUCUAGUGGCUUAAUACGCGUUACACGAUGCUUGGAUUAUGAGGCUGAUAGGACUUUCAGACUUCUCAUCAGGGCUUCAGACCGCGGAUCUCCAUCCUUGUCAUCAACUGCAACAAUCAACGCUGAUGUGGUCGAUUCUAACAACAAUUUGCCUGUAUUCACCCAAGAAAAUUAUCAUGCAGAUGUCCCAGAAGGUAGAACCAAACGUGAUAUCCUUCACCUCAAGGUGGAAGAUAAAGAUAGUCCUAAUACACCUGCUUGGAGAGCCAAGUAUACGAUAAAGGCGGGAAAUGAAAGAGGAAACUUUGCCAUUGUGACGGAUUCUAAAACUAACGCAGGUGUUCUAAGCGUCGUCCAGCCUUUGGUCUAUGGUAGACCUUCUGUGAGGAGACUUGUCAUUGUUGUGGAGAACGAAGAGUCCUUCUUUUCCUGUAAGAGAGUCUUAGAGAGCAUCAUUGCUCCUCCACGAUUGUCUGAAGUGUCAGUGAGCAUUAAUGUCACUGAUCAAAACGAUGCCCCUCAGUUCGAUCCUCCAAUUCUUACUCUUCACCGCCAAGAAGGGAUGGUGCUUGGAACCAGACUUGUGCAAUAUGUAGCUCAGGAUUCAGACACAGCACAAGACAGGAUAAGAUACAAAAUAGUGUCGGAUCCAGGUGGUUGGGUGAUGAUCAGUGAAAAUUCUGGAAUUGUGACAACUGUCAAAACUCUUGAUAGAGAGUCCCCGUUGAUGAACAACAGCACAUACACCAUUGUGAUUCAUGCCAUCGAUGAUGGUAUUCCACCAUUAACCGGCACAGGAACCAUCCAACUGCACCUCUCUGACCUUAAUGACAAUGCUCCAAUGCUAGUUACACCAUACUUGGUAGUCUGUGAUGGAAAAGAAAAGGGUCCUUUCCAUAUACAAGCUGAGGACAAAGAUUCCUAUCCAUAUGCAGAACCCUUUACGUUCCAAUUGGAAGAAGCUUUGGAGGGUACCGAAAAUCGCUGGAGACUAGGAGAGAGCUCUGAUAACUCUGUUGAUAUUUUUAUGCUGAAAAGACUCCCUCUUGGCAGUUACUCAGUGCCUCUCCAUAUAUUGGAUAGGCAAGGGUUUUCUAAGCAACAGAGUCUGCAUGUCAGAGUAUGUUCUUGUCUGAACGGGACCAGAUGUGAACAAGGCCCUGCACCAGUUAGAUCAGCGAGCCUUGACUGGGGACUAAGUGGUGGAAUCACGGCUAUAUUUAUACUUUCGAUAUUGGGUCUCCUAUGGUGGUAUUUCUGCAUCUCAAGAGUGGAGAAAGGCCGUAUCUUCAUUUCACAUGGAGAAACCAACCAGUCUCUGAUCGACUACAAUGACGAAAGCAAACCUGUGUUGCCUAAGGUGAUAAAAUGA